AUGGCUGCCUUGACUUACGCCAUUCGCAAAUUGCCGUGGAUCUGGAUGUGGGAGGUAUUCAUCCCAGUUCUCGCAGCUCCUGUUGUUGUUUUCCUACUGCUUUUGCGGAUGGGCUUGUGGAGGUUACGUGCCGUCUAUGAUCAAUCCAACAUCCCACUCUCUGUAACCGCCCGUUCGAAUGGGGCUAGUGGACUUGAUACCGAAGGACACGACACCCUCGGGGAACUCCAAUUCUCCCCUCGUGUUUGGGGUACCCCAGGUUUCACCUGGAAUUCCACCGACUGCGGCACCUGUUGGGAGCUCUCGUAUACUGAUGCGACCCGGACUACUAGGGCAGUCAUAGCCACUGCUGCUGAUGUCUUUGCGGGAUGUGAUGACAAGUUAUUUGAUGCGCGGCUCGCCAUAGCUUAUCGUGCUGGUUCUAGGGGUCUGUUCGGUAAGACCGUCGCUACUGCGUUUCAAGGUGGUAUGUAAUCUGUCCGGCCCGUAUUACAAACCUUCCUCGCCGGCAAACUUCCCAAGUGCACACACGCGCAAUCUUUUAAGGUCCGUGGGCCGUAGGUACAUCCCGUCUUAACAGAUAUUCAGAAACUGUUUGGUGUACCUGUCAGCCAGUACGCACGAUCCAAAGUAAUGACUAAGAUUGAAUGAACACACAUUUCACACAUGGUUGCAUCCCUCUUCGAUUAGCCCCUUCAAUAGGCAACAGGCCAUAACUUCAGCCGAGUGUCAAGAUUAGGCUCACCUCUAUGAGGAUACAAUACGUUUGCGCCUUCCCAUGCUAGCAUUAAAUAGCUAUAACACAAACUAAGAAAACGUUCUCUGACCGGGUUUUCACAAGCGACUUGCGAGGACCUUGUGAGUGUGGCAAAGCACAAACUCGAUGACAGGUGUGGGCUCUCCGGCCGUGCCG